UGUUAUUAUUACUCUUUUACGUCCGUCGUCAGGUCAAACUUCCUGUAAACUUUUUUUUGUUUUGUUAUUUAACUUUUAAGGUUGAGUUUUGCUAGGUCGAUACAACCCUAUGUUUGUGGUUUGUGCACUUUACUUUUUUUUUUAAAUCAAAAGUAACAUGAGAGGCAACAAACUGAGGCUAAUCUAAGGCUACUUAAAGGAAGCAACCCCAUCAUGGCGGCCGCCACAAGACUCAUAUCAAGGUUGACACUGGUCACUGGAGGAGGCAGUGGGAUCGGGCGGGCGGUGUGUCAGCGCCUCGCCUCUGAGGGCGCCUCCGUGGUGGUCGCUGACAUCAGCGAGGAGUCGGCCCAUGACACCCUGAGGAGCCUGCAGAGGGACCUCAGAGGGCAGGGUCACAUGGCGGCUGUGGUGGAUGUGUCUUCAAAAGAGAGUGUAAAGAAUCUUGUCACAAGAAUACAGACUCACUACUUUCAGCCUCCGUCAGUGUGUGUGAACGCAGCAGGCAUCACCCAGGACGACUUCCUGCUCAACAUGGACGAGGAUCAUUUUGACAAUGUCAUCCGGGUCAACCUGAAGGGUUCUUUCUUGGUCCUUCAGGCCGUGGCUCAGGCUCUGGUGGCUUGCGGAGCACCCAAAGGAUCCAUCGUCACCGUGGGCAGCAUCGUGGGAAAGGUGGGAAACAUCGGACAGGCCAAUUACUCCGCCUCUAAAGCAGGAGUGGAGGGUUUGACCAGGACCGCGGCCAAAGAGCUCAGCAGGUUUGGCAUUCGGUGUAAUUGUGUGCUGCCAGGUUUCAUAUCCACUCCGAUGACGGAUAAAGUUCCAGAGAAAGUUAUUAGCAGGAUGAAAUCCUUGGUGCCUCUGGGAAGAAUGGGUGAGCCUGCAGAGGUCGCUGAUGUCUGUGCCUUCCUCGCCUCAGAUGACUCUCGAUACAUCACUGGAGUCAGCCUGGAAGUGACAGGUGGACUCUUCAUUGGGUAAAUGGACUGUCUGUCACACCGAUGAAGACCAAUGGGAGGCCAGUUUCUUCGUAGUUCAUUUAAAUGUUGAAAAUGAUACUACUUUGAUAAUUAUGUUUUAAAAUUGUGGUUGUGCCAAUAAACACCUGUUUGUAAUAUUUCUGUACAGAAUGUUGUAUUUUGAUUUGAAAGAUCUGAAUAAAGUGUUUAACUAAAGCCUU